AUGGCCGCCCUGGAGAGCCGCUGGCCGCUCGCCCUGCUGGCCCUCUUCGCCGCGCACCGCGGCGGUGCCUCUGCCGGGGAGGCUGCCGGGGCCCUCGCGGGCGCGCGGGUCCCCGAGGAUGCCGUGGUUGGCUGCAGUGACCGCGCGAUGCAGGCGCUUGCGAGCCAGGGCAGGUGGCAGGAGGCCUUCGAGCUGGCGGUCGAGCUGGGUCGACGCGGGGUCGAGGCGAGCGGCCCAAGACGCGAGUCGAUGAUCUCGGCCUGCGAGCGUGCUGGGCUGUGGCCAGAAGCGCUGCACCUGCUGGGCCGCUCUGGCUGGCGCGGCGUGUCCGCCCAGGCGGGCGCCCUGUCCAAGCGGCGCCGCAACGCGCUGUGCACGCUCUGGGCGCGAAGCCAGGCCUCGGUGGCCUGCGCCCAGAGCCGCAGGUGGCGGCUCCCGGCGCAGCUGCUGGAGGAGGCGAGGGCCGCCGGCCUGGAGCCUAGCCGGGACGCGGUGGCGGAAGACCUGCCAAUACAGUAG